UGGGUUUCCGCGCACUACGUGACUUUACGUCUUUUUCCAUUACCCUCCCAUGUCUUUUGAAUCGGCCCGAGGUCAGUCUUGAGUUGGCCGUUCCAACGCGUAGCCACGAAAACUCAGCACAGAAACCCGCCAGGAACACCUGGGCUCAGGUUAUGUGUGAGAUUUUCUGAAAGUUCUGGGACAGAGAGAAGAAAGUUCAGAUAAUCUCCAUGAUGGAAGCCGUUGUAUCAUUUGAAGGGGACAAUGACACAUCCUAUGAGGGCAGCGAGUCACCUCUACCCUAUCCAUUCAAUUUGACGCCUGCGGAACAUAAGGGCAGCUACGACUUGGAGCAGACGAGGCAAAAUGAAGACGAGGGGGAGCAGCCACAGACUUUCACCCUCUCUAGAGACCUGGAGGCUGCUCUAAAUACCAACACCAAUGCAAUCAAGAGAGGAGAUGCAGAGGCAUACGUUGAGAUGAAUGAGCUUCAGGGAGAUGUGUGGCAGGAAAUGGGACGCUGGGUGGGUUACGAGGAGAACUUCAGCCCUGACACUCAACAGUGGGGUCCCUCCCAUGUCUCCUAUCUCACUUUCAAAAGUCUCAUUCAACUUCGUAAAGUCAUGAGCACAGGAGCCAUCCUGCUGGAUGUUGAUGAAAGCAGCUUAUCAAGCGUUGCUGAGAAGAUGGUGGAGCAACUUCUGGUCAAAAAAGAGAUCCGGCCCGCUGACCAGGAUACUCUUCUGGCAAUUUUGCAACGCAGGCGCAGUCAGUUAGAGGACACUUCACCUUCUAGUGCUGGUGAUAUACAGCUGCAAACAUUCUCAGUCACCAAACAGCGAGAUAUGGUCGAUCGUGUGGAGGCCUCAGUUGUUUUAUCAGGCGCUGUGGACAGCCUUCAGAAACCAGUGGUGGCGUUUGCACGUCUGCGGGAUUCAGUGGUGAUGGAUGGAGUUUUGGAAGCUCCUAUCCCAGUUCGCUUUGUUUUCUUCCUGGUGGGUCCCAGUCACAGCGGCCUGGAUUAUUAUGAGAGCGGCCGUGCCAUGGCCACACUGAUGGCUGACUGGGUGUUCAGUCUGGAGGCUUACCUGGCCACAAACGAAAAGGAUCUGACCAAUGCCAUGGCAGACUUCAUGGAUUGCAGCAUUGUAAUCCCACCAACGGAUAUCCAGGAUGAGGCCAUGCUCAAGCCAAUCAUCAGCUUCCAAAAGAAGAUGCUGCGUGAGAGGGCCCGCCCUUAUGACACCCGCCUCAUGCCUGGAGUCUCAACUGGAUCGGAAAAGCCACGAGAGGAUCCACUGGCCCGUACCGGCUAUCCUUUUGGCGGUAUGGUCAAAGACAUAAAACGCCGCUACAAGCAUUAUCUCAGUGACUUCACUGAUGCCCUGAAUCCUCAGGUGCUCUCUGCUAUCAUCUUCAUCUAUUUUGCUGCCCUUUCUCCUGCCAUUACCUUCGGAGGACUGAUGGCGGAAAAGACGAAAGGCAUGAUAGGGAUCUCUGAGAUGAUGGUCGCAACCUGCGUGCAGGGUGUCAUUUUCUGUCUGUUUGCGGCUCAGCCAAUUCUGGUCAUCGGGUUUACAGGUCCUUUGAUGGUUUUUGAAGAGGCGUUCUUUAAUUUCUGCACAUCUAAUGACCUCGACUACAUUGUGGGGCGCGUCUGGGUAGGCAUAUGGUUGAUCGUCAUUGUGGUGGUGAUUGUGGCGGUGGAGGGCAGCUUCCUCGUACGCUACAUCUCACGCUUCACUCAGGAGAUCUUCUCCAUCUUGAUCUCUCUCAUUUUCAUCUUCGAGACCUUUUCCAAGCUAAUAGAGAUUUUCCAAGAACAUCCUUUGAUAUUAAACUACGAUGCAUUGAACAAGACCUCGGACGACCUCUUUUUCCGCAUCAAAAACACCACAACCCCUCCUGGUGGCAAUACUACACAGCCCUCAAAACAUGAAGAAUACCCCAACACGGCUUUGCUCUCCAUGUGUCUUAUGUUUGGGUGUUUCUUCAUUGCAUACUCUCUCCGUGGGUUUAAAACUGGAGUCUUUCUCCCUGGUCCAAUUCGUCGAAUGAUUGGAGAUUUCGGCGUUCCCAUUGCCAUUUUCAUCAUGAUCGCUGUGGAUAUCCUCAUCACAGAUACCUACACACAGAAACUGGAAGUGCCAAAGGGUCUGACUGUGUCCGAUCCCACUGCCAGAGAUUGGGUUAUUCACCCACUGGGCAUUAAAAAUCAGAAGUUCCCAAUCUGGAUGAUGUUCGCUUGCUUUGUUCCUGCCUUACUAGUCUUCAUCCUUAUUUUCCUCGAAUCCCAGAUCACCACGCUGAUUGUAAGUCAGCCUGAGAGAAAAAUGGUAAAGGGCUCUGGUUUCCAUCUGGACCUUCUCCUUAUUGUGUUCCUGGGUGGAGUUUCCUCUAUCUUCGGUCUCCCUUGGCUUAGUGCUGCUACAGUCAGAUCUGUGACCCAUGCCAAUGCCCUCACUGUCAUGACCAAAGGUCCCAAGCCACUGGUUGAACGGGUGAUAGAACAGAGGGUCAGUGGAAUUUUGGUGGCGGUGCUGGUUGGGGUUUCUAUUCUGAUGGAGCCUGUCCUGAAGAUGAUACCUAUGACUGCACUGUUUGGCAUUUUCCUCUAUAUGGGUAUCACUUCGCUAAGUGGCAUCCAGCUUUGGGAUCGAGUACUUCUUUUAUUUAUGCCGAAAAAGCAUCAUCCACGUGUUCCUUUUGUUACUCAUGUACCAACUCUGCGCAUGCACCUAUACACUGUGAUCCAGAUCCUGUGUUUGGUGAUUCUGUGGGUGGUGAAAAUGAGUGAAGCUUCACUUGCUUUGCCGUUUCUCCUAAUCCUCACUGUCCCUCUGCGAAUGCUCCUGACCAAACUUGUCUUUACUGCCAAGGAGAUGAAAUGCCUGGAUGGAGAUGGUGCCAAUGUGAAAUUUGAUGAUGAGGACGACUAAAACAACCCUAAAAUAACCAAGACAACUUUCUUGAUUCUGGAUUUCAAGCCACUUUGUAUUCAUCUUACUAUGUGCAUUUCAUAAGAAUCGUUUGCUUAUAUAUUUUAACUAUUAUGGCUACAUACAAUUUUUAGCUAUACUUAUAUGUUUGGCAUAUUAUGUCUUAAAAGUUUUAGAAUGUAAUUAAUGCACACAUAAAAUUCACAAACUGUUCAUAUACAUUCCAUAGUUUAUGUUGAUUGCAGUCUAUUUUUCCCAAAGACAAUUGUGCUUUUUUCCUUUUGCGUGUUUGCGUGCCUAUAAUAUUUUUUGUCUUUAUACAUCACAGUGUUUAUUUAUUUAAUGUGUUUAGGGUUUCUUGCAAAAAAAACAACAAAAAUCUAUUGACAGUGUGUGAUCUGUCAGACCUGUGAACAUAUCAACUACCAGCUUGAAUGUAAAUCACUGUUUUUACAGAUGAUACCUAUGCAAAAUAUAUUAUUAUAUAUAAUGUGCCAUUAUAUUUCUUAUGAGAUUUUAAUGUUUUACAAUAUUCAGGGACAUUGAUACCUGUAAAUACAAUAGGCCUAUAUGAACUAAGAAUGUUAGCGUAAUUUUGAAAUAACUACUAGCUACUGUUGCAAAGAUUUGACACCUGUGGUAUAACUAAAUGGUGAUUUAAUGUAUAUUUGCUCUGUUAUGCUGUUUCUCAUUACUUGUUGUUUAAUAAUUAAAGUUAUUUAAAACAUU